AUGGUCUCCGCAAAUAAAUCCACAAUGCCACUUAGUCAAGGAUGUGCAGCCGCGGCUGGUAUCCCUCUCGAAUAUUUUGAGACCCGGGACCACAUCAAUCACCUUAUUUCCCUUGGUAUGCCGCGGGUAACGCCACACACCGUUCCCCCAAAGGAGCGUGUUGCGACGCUGCCGGUGCCACCUCAACAGGACCAUACGGAGCUUAUGUUGACUAUUUCAAGUGGCGGAUCUCCACAGAAGAGUUACUUUUCCACUACGGAGAGUCAUCUUUUAACAUGUGGAACACUGACUCCCAAGACAGCCCGCAAAAGACCAGAGAUAGACAGCUUCGAUAUGGAGGGCGCCUUCGCGGCACUCGUUAAACGCCUGGAGAGUCGUGUGGAUGAAGAGGACAACAAAGACAUGGCAUCGUAG